UACGCGACAUACACCCGACCCGAAGAUAGUCACCUGACACACUAUAAAUAUCCUUUUGAUCUCUCUCUCUCUCUCUCUCUCUCUUACCGUCUUUGUGGAUAUAAAUACAGACACGAGCUGGGUAGCUCGUAAUAGUCUUAAGAACGGGUCCCCUUGUAGUUCAACCGCUGGGUCCUCUCCCCUUUAGUAGUUAUCCUUCCCUUCUUCUCCUUUAACUGAUCCAAAUAUAUGCAUUAAUUGAACAUCAUCGUGUCUUCCUGAAAACAAAACCCCUUCCCUUCCCUCAUUUCCCAUGGCAUGCUUAGAGAUGUACAACAACUCCGAUCCCAACCCUAGCAAGGGCGGCAUCCCCGCCCACUUCGUUGCCCCGAUGAGCCCCCGCAUCUCCUUCUCCAACGACUUCGUGGAGUCGGCCCAGCAAGCCGCCAAGCCCUGCCCCGAGCUCACCCGGAUGAAGGACACCAUAAGUUCUUCCUCCUCGGACUUUGAAUUCUCGGUGAGGAGCCACUCCAUGAUGAGCGCCGACGAGCUCUUCUUCAAGGGCCGGCUCCUGCCCUUCAAGGACGCGUGCUGCCACGCGAAGAAGGGCGCCGCCACCAUCACCACCCUCAGGGAGGAGCUCCUCGCCGGGGAGGAUGACGACGAUGAGGAUGACUUGGCGCUCCGGCCCCCCAAGGGUUCCACCGCUACCCGGUGGAAGGGGCUGUUGGGCCUCAGGAAGGCCCACAUUGGAUCCAAAAAGGCCGAGGCCGCUAAGAUCAACGCGCCGGCUCCAGACAGUGCUCACCCGGCAUCACAGGAAGUGCUAGACGUGGGGGGAUCGAAUUGCGGGGACGUGGAGAUGGGGAUGUAGAGAACUUGUGUAGAGCUGAUUUGGUAGCAUUUUUGGAGGAGAUUGAAUGAUCGAGAGAGAGAGAGAGAGAGACGACGACGAUUCUUGUUCUUCCAUUGUUAAUUACCAUUGUAGCUAUUUAAUGACAUAUAUGCUGUGGUGGGACAAAAAUAAUCUAAACUAGAGGGGCCAAGUGGAGUGUGCUUAGUGAGUGGGUUAAUUCUUCUUCUUCUUCUUUCGAUUUUGCCAUGUUUGGUUGUCUAUUUACUGUCUGUUCGACCAGCUGUUUGAUGUACAAAGAUGUUUUUUGCAGUUGAAGGACUCAUCCCUGUCUCCGUGGUCA